CCCCCGCCCGGACAUGGCGGCGGUCCCGGCCUCCCCGCGAGGCGCGCUGCUGCUUCUUCUGGCCGUGGCGGGGGUCGCGGAGGUGGCAGGGGGCCUGGCCCCUGGCAGUGCGGGUGCACUGUGUUGUAAUCAUUCAAAGGAUAAUCAAAUGUGCCAUGAUGUAUGUGAACAGAUAUUCUCCUCAAAAAGUGAAUCCCGACUAAAGCAUCUGUUACAGCGAGCCCCAGAUUAUUGCCCUGAAACAAUGGUUGAAAUUUGGAGUUGUAUGAAUUCAUCUUUGCCAGGUGUGUUUAAGAAGUCUGAUGGCUGGGUUGGCUUAGGCUGCUGUGAACUGGCUAUUACCUUGGAGUGUCGACAAGCAUGCAAGCAGGCAUCUUCAAAAAAUGAUAUUUCCAAAGUUUGCAGAAAAGAAUAUGAGAAUGCUCUUUUCAGUUGCAUUAGCAGAAAUGAAAUGGGCUCAGUUUGUUGCAGUUAUGCAGGCCAUCACACAAACUGCCGAGAAUACUGUCAAGCCAUCUUUCGAACAGACUCUUCUCCUGGUCCAUCUCAGAUCAAAGCAGUGGAAAAUUAUUGUGCCUCUAUUAGUCCACAAUUAAUACACUGUGUGAACAAUUAUACCCAAUCUUAUCCAAUGAGGAACCCAACAGAUAGUUUAUAUUGCUGUGACAGAGCUGAAGACCAUGCUUGCCAAAAUGCCUGCAAGAGAAUUCUGAUGUCUAAGAAAACAGAAAUGGAGAUUGUUGAUGGCCUCAUCGAGGGUUGUAAGACCCAGCCUUUGCCUCAGGAUCCUCUUUGGCAGUGUUUUCUUGAAAGCUCACAGUCUGUUCACCCUGGCGUCACUCUACACCCUCCUCCCUCUACGGGCCUUGAUGGAGCUAAAUUGCAUUGUUGUUCUAAAGCAAACACUUCGACAUGUAGAGAACUGUGCACUAAACUUUACAGCAUGAGCUGGGGCAAUACACAGAGUUGGCAAGAGUUUGAUCGUUUUUGUGAAUAUAAUCCAGUGGAAGUGUCCAUGUUGACCUGUUUAGCAGAUGUUCGGGAACCUUGCCAGUUGGGCUGUAGAAAUCUUACUUACUGUACUAAUUUUAACAACAGGCCAACAGAACUUUUCAGGAGUUGUAAUGCUCAGUCAGAUCAAGGAGCCAUGAAUGACAUGAAGCUGUGGGAGAAAGGAAGCAUAAAGAUGCCAUUUAUCAACAUACCUGUUCUUGACAUUAAGAAGUGCCAGCCAGAAAUGUGGAAAGCGGUAGCUUGUUCACUGCAGAUUAAACCUUGUCAUAGUAAAUCCCGGGGAAGUAUUAUUUGCAAAUCAGAUUGUGUGGAGAUUCUCAAGAAAUGUGGGGACCAGAACAAAUUCCCGGAAGACCACACAGCUGAAAGUAUUUGUGAGCUUCUGUCACCUACAGAUGACCUAGAGAAUUGUAUACCUUUGGAUACAUACCUAAGGCCAAGUACUUUGGGUAACAUUGUAGAAGAGGUCACUCAUCCCUGUAACCCAAAUCCUUGCCCUGCUAAUGAGCUCUGUGAGGUAAACCGGAAGGGGUGUCCGUCUGGAGAUCCCUGCCUUCCAUUCUCUUGUGUGCAAGGUAAGAGUAUUGUUGUGAGGAAGCUGAUGCUCAGACAGGUCACCCAGCUAGUAAGUGACCAAAGCAGAAUUCAGUCCCAGACCUAUCUGACUCCAAAGCCCUUGCCCUCCACAGGCAAGGACACAGGUCACGGGACAUCCUUUAAUAUUGACUGCAAUAUCUGUUCUUGUUUUGCUGGCAAUUUGGUGUGUUCUACCCGCCUGUGCCUCAGUGAGCACAGUUCAGAAGAUGACCGUCGCACCUUCACAGGUCUGCCCUGUAACUGUGCAGAUCAGUUCGUCCCCGUGUGUGGGCAGAAUGGACGCACUUACCCCAGUGCCUGCCUUGCUCGCUGUGUGGGACUCCAAGACCAUCAGUUUGAAUUUGGAUCAUGCAUCUCAAAGGAUCCAUGCAAUCCUAAUCCCUGCCCAAAAAACCAAAGAUGCAUACCCAAACCACAAGUCUGCCUGACAACUUUUGAUAAAUUUGGAUGUAGCCAAUAUGAGUGUUUGCCAAGACAGCUCACCUGUGACCAGGUUCGCGAUCCUGUUUGUGACACAAACCACAUGGAACACGGCAAUCUCUGCACUUUGUACCAGAGGGGGCAAAGCCUCUUAUACAAAGGCCCUUGCCAGCCUUUCUGCAGAGCCACAGAGCCCAUCUGCGGGCACAAUGGGGAGACCUACAGUAGCGUGUGUGCUGCUUACUCAGAUCGUGUAGCAGUUGAUUACCACGGGCCCUGCCAGGCUGUUGGGGCCCUCUCAGAGUACAGUUCUGUCGCUGAGUGUGCUGCAGUGAAGUGUCCUUCGCUCUCUGCGACUGAGUGCAAACCUGUCAUCCCGCCAGGUGCUUGUUGCCCAUUAUGUGCUGGAAUGUUAAGAGUUUUAUUUGACAAAGAAAAACUGGAUACUAUUGCGAAGGUAACAAACAAAAAGCCAAUAACAGUUCUGGAAAUACUUCAGAAAAUCCGCAUGCAUGUAUCUGUCCCGCAGUGUGACGUAUUUGGAUACUUCAGCAUUGAAUCCGAAAUUGUAAUCCUGAUCAUUCCUGUCGAUCAUUAUCCAAAAGCUUUGCAGAUUGAGGCCUGCAAUAAAGAAGCAGAGAAGAUCGAAUCCCUCAUCAACUCCGACAGCCCCACGCUGGCGUCCCACGUCCCUCUGUCUGCCCUCAUCAUUUCCCAGGUACAGGUCUCCAGCAGCGUGCCAUCAGCCGGCAUCGAGGCCAGAGCCCCCUGCUCCUCCUGCCUCGUCCUCCUCAGCCUGGGCCCUGCCUUGCACAUGGUCUGGACACAUAACUGACCACCCGUGAAAAGUGCAAAAUGUUCCUCCACUGAGUUUUUCUACAUUGUGAAAGACAUGCAGGACUCCUGGUUUGUAGUUGAAUGGUGGCCAAGGAGAAGCACUUGUCACCUCUGUUCACCACGCAGUAUUUUUUUUAAUCUGCCAAUAUUAGGGUUUUUGUUUUGUUCUUACAAAUGUUAAAGUAUGUUCUUCCAAAUACUAAUGAAAAGAGGAUGUCUUCUUUUGGUGGAUCACUGCCUUACAGUUUAUGCUUUGCUCAUUAGAUGGGCUCCCCCCCGCCACUGUAAAACAAAUUGGGUAUCAUUGGUAAGUGAGAUGAUCACUUUUUAGAAAGGAACUCAUUUUACUAUAAGCUUCAUACCCAAAAAUUUCAUUUCAGAGUUCCUUUAAGUAUUAAGGUGCCCCUAGUGUGUGUGUGUUUGUUUACAGAUAAUUACCUACUCUGUCUAGAAGCUAGGGGCCACCGUGAAGAACCUGCUAUUAGAGUGUGAAAUAAGGAUAAUGCAUCUUUGAAAUUAUCAUAUAAAUCAUCAGGCAAAUUUAAUUUACAGAAAUUUAAUUCAAGAACCCAUCUAUUGUGUUCAGCAAAGCCAGAUAAGGAAAUGGCAUUUACGAGAUACAUUGUAAGCAAUAGGCUCAGUGGUUACUAAUGUGUGUAUGACUUUUGCGAAGGGGAGAAGUUAUAUCACAUCAAAGCAUAUUGCAUUAUGCAUUUUUAUAUUAACCAGAAGUAUAUUCUUCGGUAUUCAUCUGAGUUAAACUUAGAGUUUUUAAAUAUCAAUCUUUAAACCAAUUGCUGCUACUUAUAUACUUGCCAAAAAGUGAAAUAAUUAGUAGUUCAUGUAAAUAAUACAUGAUAUUUCUAUUUUAUUAUGAAGAAGGUAAAUAGCCAUAUUUGUAAAAUGACAAUCAUGUGUGUUAACCCAGUACUUUCCGUUCGUGAAGACACAUUGCUUUUUGUGAUAUGCACCGUGUGGGUAAGUGUUCUGUCUGACUUUCUUUUUUGAUAUAGAAUUAUAAAGAAUUGUGGUUUAUAUAUUUAAAAAUGUCAAUCUAAGUAUUAAAGUGUUUGCAUGUUGUCUAAGCAAUUGAAUACUUUGAAUGUGUUUCACAGUUUGAAAUAAGCUAUUCAAUGUAAUGCUUCUUGUUUGUAUGCACCUAAACUUAGAUGUUACAUGAAGUAUUUUUUUCAGUAUUAUAUGUACUCUUUGAAAUAUAUAGGGGUAUGCUCAUUAUACCAAAAUAUUGUUUAAAAGUGGGCACUUAAAGCUUUCAGAAUAUCUCAGUGCUGAUGUAGCAUGUUUGUUGCAAUUGCUUUUUCUAUAUAAAUGUCUUCAAUGCAAUAUACUGGAAAGCUUUUCUAUUUUAAUAAAAAUAAUUUUAUAUGAUUA